AAGUGGGUCGGGGGCUUGGCCUCUGCCCGGCCGCAGAGCCGGAGCGGGAGUACUGUUCUGAGAGUUGAGCCCCAGAACGAGCUUAUCCGGCGGCGCACCCCGGGCAGGGCCCGGGACAGGGUCCAGGAUGCUCAACGUCCCUUCCCAGUCCUUCCCGGCCUCCAGCUCGCAGCAACGCAUCGCCUCUGGGAGGCGUAGCAAGGUUCCUUUAAAACAGGGCCGAAGUCUUAUGGAUUGGAUUCGACUGACCAAAAGUGGAAAGGACUUAACAGGAUUGAAAGGCAGGCUAAUUGAAGUAACUGAAGAAGAACUUAAAAACCACAAUAAAAAGGAUGACUGUUGGAUAUGCAUAAGAGGGUUUGUUUAUAAUGUCAGCCCAUACAUGGAAUAUCACCCUGGUGGAGAAGAUGAGCUAAUGAGAGCAGCAGGAUCUGAUGGGACUGACCUUUUUGAUCAGGUUCAUCGUUGGGUCAAUUAUGAAUCCAUGCUGAAAGAAUGCCUGGUUGGAAGAAUGGCAGUUAAACCCACCAUUUCAAAAGACUAUCAUGAGGAAAAGAAAGUCUUAAAUGGCAUGCUUCCUAAGAGCCGAGUGACAGAUACACUUGUCAAAGAAGGUCCUAGUUUUCCAAGCUAUGAUUGGUUCCAAACAGAUUCCUUAGUCACCAUUGUCAUAUAUACUAAACAGAAGGAUAUCGGUUUAGACUCAAUAAUAAUUGAUCAUCAGGAUGAUUCCUUUAGAGCAGAAACAAUUAUCAAGGACUAUUCAUAUCUUGUACAUAUUGGGCUAAGCCAUGAGGUUCAAGAAGAUUUUUCUGUGCGGGUUGUUGAGAAUGUGGGAAAAAUAGAAAUUGUCCUUAAGAAAAGAGAGAAAACUUCUUGGAAAUGUCUCGGUCAUCCCCUGGAGAAUGAUAAUUCACUAGUUCCAAAGAAAGAUACAGGUUUAUACUACAGAAAGUGCCAGUUAAUUUCCAAGGAAGAUGUCACUCAUGAUACGAAGCUUUUCUGUGUGAUGCUGCCACCGAGCACUCAUCUUCAGGUGCCCACUGGGCAACAUGUUUACCUCAAGCUGACUAUUACAGGUACAGAAAUAGUAAAGCCAUACACACCUGUAUCAAAUUCCUUACUCUCAGAGUUCAAAGAACCAGUUCUUCCCAACAAUAAAUACAUCUACUUUUUGAUCAAAAUCUAUCCAACUGGACUCUUUACACCAGAACUUGAUCAUCUUCAAAUUGGAGAUUUUGUUUCUGUAAGCAGUCCUGAGGGCAAUUUUAAAGUAUCCAGACUCCAAGAAUUAGAAGAUCUCUUCUUAUUGGCAGCUGGAACAGGCUUCACACCAAUGGUUAAAAUACUGAAUUAUGCUUUGACUUAUAUACCCAGUCUCAGGAAAGUGAAGCUGAUGUUCUUCAAUAAAACAGAGGAUGAUAUAAUUUGGAGAAGUCAGCUGGAGAAAUUAGCAUUUAGAGAUAAAAGAUUUGAUGUUGAAUUUGUUCUCUCAGCACCCACUUCUGAUUGGAAUGGCAAACAGGGACACAUUUCACCAGCUCUUCUUUCUGAUUUCUUAAAAGCAAGUUUAGACAAAUCCAAAGUUCUCAUCUGCAUUUGUGGACCAACACCAUUUACAGAAGAAGGAAUAAGGUUGCUGCAUGAUCUUAACUUUUCCAAAGAUGAGAUCCAUAGUUUUACAGCAUAAUGAAGACCUGUCAUUGUCCUUAACUAGUUUACCUAAAUUUGUGAUGGCUUAGGGUUUUUUAAGAACAUUUUUGUAUAUACAAAAAGGUUAACUAGAAUCCAGGCUUCCAUUUCUGAAAUGAAAUCAACUGUUUUCUUCUGUAUAAGUAACUUCUUGGCUUUAUUUUGUACCAUAACUUAUUUUACUACUGAUAUUUGAACAAGAAGUUGGUCUUGGCAACAAAUAUAUACAAGAUUCUUUGUUAUGAAUCAUAAAUUUCCUUACCAUUUAAAUCUUAUUACUGUUGUACAAUAAGCACUUGUAUUUAUGACAUAAAAUAAAUGAUCACUUCGAUCAUGUUUCUAUGCUGUAAAAUGUCUUAUUAGCAAUACAAAUUCAAUUUUACAUUGCACUGUUAACUCAGGAAAUGAUCAUUUAUGUUCUGGUUACUGAUAUUAAAACAUGGAAUGUUUUAACUUAUUAAGUGAUCCAAAAAUUUGUUUGUAUGUAUCUGGUAUUAAUGCAGAGGUGAAUAAAGUUAUACUUAAGUGUUUUUUAA